UGUGUUGUCGAUUGGCCAAAGGGGAAUUCAGAACAGGCUCGUGGCCCAUGACCGUUUUUAUGGUAGCUGGAGACUUUAACCACUGAAAUCCAUCCCGCUUAUCCUCAUCAACGGACUGUAUUCCCCACCCGUUACCAGCAUGGGGACAUUCCAACCCAAGAUGAGAACACACUGGACCAGGGACACAGCAACAUAACUGAACCCAGAUGCCUGUCCUGUGGGGACAACGACAUGGACUUCGCCUGGGUGAAGGACAACACCUUCUGGGGAUUUUGCUGUUUCCCCUACCAGAGGUGUUAUUACAACUGGUCUGUCGCUAAUGACCAAACCCCUAAUGGGGUAUAUCGCAAAGCAACCCUAGAGCUACCCCUGGAGGAGAUGAGAUGCACCCCGUUCUGUAUGGUGCAAUCCAGAGCCGCAGAAAUCCAACGAGUGUAUGGAGGCGUCCUCCAGCGGAGGAGGGUGUGGAGAACCCAGAACAACCACGUGCUUGGCCAAUUCGAGGGGGUCUACCAUUCCACCUGGCGGUACCCCGAUGGCAGGCUCACCACAUCAACACAUCUGGAGUGCGGGAUGUGCAUCGGCCUGGGCCCCUACGAUCAGCCGCUGCCGGCCAAGUCCCUUCUCAGUCGCCCAGUCGAGGCUAGGGCGGUGGAGGAGGACCGGCCAAGCGUGGGAUCUCCUGCCAAGGCAGUACGGCGCCAAAACGGUACCAUCGUGGCCAAAGAGGACGCUGAGGGCAAGGUGACCAUCGUGCACGACGGCGACCCUCGCCAUACAACCAGCGCACCCGAGAACGUCUCUACCAGAAGGGGGCCUUGCACUCCGGAGCCUGAGCCAGAGGACGACGACAGGGGACCCUCCGCCGAGGAACCUGAGUCCCCUCCGCUUUCACCGAUCCCUUCUCCAUUGCAUCCUGCUGUGGAGCAGGUGGUGGAUGAUGUCCUCCGUUCCAUGUCCGUGGCCAGGGCCCUACUCGAGGCCCUCGACAAGGCGGCAGCACGAAAGCGUGAGGAAGGUCCCCUACCAGCGGGUCAAGAUGAGGAGCCACGUCCGGUCCAGGUCGUCAAUCCCCUCCGCCCUGGGGGUCUCGGGGACCAGGGCCUCUGAGGAUCAACUUCAUGCAUCCGCUGGACUGUUCUAUGUGGACUUUCAUACAACUUCCCGGUCACACUGUAAUAAUCCGACAUAGUUAAGGGUAACAAAGCGGAUUCCUGGAGGGGGUGUCAAGUGACCUGGAAAGACACCUCAGUCCAAGGGCCGGUAGGAGGAGGUGUAAUCUACAAACUGUACACCAGAGGUAGACAAAGUGUGAUUUAAGUCGAUUCAAGUUGUAACGAUCAGGAAACAGAAACAGUCCAACAUGCUCAUCUAUCGCUUUUAGACAGGUAACUACAUAAAACACAAGUUAAUCGAUACCAUGUCAGACAUGUGCAUUUAUAGGGAACAACACACACAUACUUGCUUUACACCACCACAGGAACCCUUGCAACUAUCGCUUCGCUAGGCACUUAUUAAUGUGUUGAUCAAAUACAUGUGAUGAUUCAUGAACAAAUGUCCUAUGAUCAAAGUUGUAACAACAUGAUUGCAUGACUGUAUGAAAGAAUAAGUAGGAAUGUUAUGAACAGAUGUCAUUAAACUGCCGUUAUGAGCUCCAAUAUCACAAAACCAUCUAACUAGGCCAAAGGUCACAAGGGAAAGUCCCUUCCAGAGAAAAGGACCACCUUUUGGGCGGAGAAAGGCGGGAACUGGGAAAGUACCGGACUGAAAGUCACCUCCCUCUGGGAGGACCCAUGAAGAAAGGGUGGAACAAGGGCAGGGCCUAAUUGAACAUAAAGAGAGUGAAUUCUCAGUGCUCUUGGCUGGUUCCAAGCUGCCUAGCAAGAGGCAGCACUACAAGAAGCUCCCAGGCUCACCAAGAAGACUCAGGGGACAGCUAUAAUUGACCACCCGCACGAUCUCACUGCAAGAAGCCGAGGAAGAGAAGCCUCCUCGGGCCAGAUGAACGCUGCACUCCACAUAAGAAGAAAGUUCGCUGGAACGCUCCCGGGAUACGAGUCGAGCCAACGGGGAACCGGAGCCAGCCACAGCUGCCCCCAAACCCGCCUUGCCCAAGUGAUACUCCGGAACACCAGUGAACCAAAGGAAGGACGUCGGACUGAUCACCCGGUUUCCCGCCUGCUCCGAUCAUCCCCCAGCAGCCCUUUUUACCUUAUGGGACUUUUUAUCAUCUCCUGCGGCUCACUACUCCUAGGAGCGAGGCGUUACGUAGGCUUACGGCAUACGCCUCCGCAGCCAGGUAUGUGAGUGGAGCUCAUGCGGCUAGUCCUGUCUGAUUUACCUUACAGUCUAUUAGAACCUGCUGAAAUGCCCUUGCCAACUUUAAUAAACCUUUUCGCUCUUUUACCGAGAGUUGUCUCCCAUUACCUGCUUCUGUGACAUAAAAGAGUAAAGCAUGUGUUGUAAAUAAAUUCCUUUUAGGUUGUUCCGGUAACCGAUAACCAACAGGUCCCUCUGAUCGCUAACAGAUGAGUAAAUAACCCCAGGUCCUUACCAAGAGCAACAAUUCGUAUCAGAGAGAGAGCAGCCUUUAAAGCAGAGGGUCCGGUGUCGCGCACAACCAACCCGUGGUUACUCUGGUCGUGCGUAGGCUCGGAUGCAACGGGGCCGCCUCUGCUGUUAAUACCUGGGUGAGUCUCUCUCGCCCCUGACUUCGAGGCCUCUCCUUCACGCGAGCGGUCGUAACCCUUUAAACGGAGUAGUCAGGCAGGGAGGUGCGCCUGUUCCCCCAUAACACGAGGGGGAAGUAAGGGUCUUGCAUCCCCUGGGUAACUAGGGAUUUAA